GGGUCUCCGAGAUCUGUAUCACGUGAGGCGGCGCUAACCAAUCGGAGUCCAGCCGUGCGGUGCAUGCUGGGAAGUGUUCCCUUGGAGCUAUACUCGGUGUCAACACUGCGGUACCGGGUGCUGAGGAGGCUGUGACGCCGCGUUACUUUUUUUUACAGCGUUUUCCAGCUUCCGGUAUACCAUUUGGUGCACGCACAAUGCGACAUGUUCAUCUGGUUCCUGAGGGGGAUGAAGACGACUUAUAUUCUGGUUACAAUGAUUACAAUCCCACUUAUGACACUGAGGAUUUAGACAAUGAUGUCGCGUUUCAACAGGCUCUCAAGACUAGUCAUGGGCGGAGACCUCCGAUUACAGCCAAAGUACCAGGAACGGCUGCAGCCCGCCCGCUGGGAACUGGAUUUGGUCCUAGAGUGCACCUCUCUUCAUCCAUGGGAAGGCCUAUGACAGGUGCUGUUCAGGAUGGAGCAGCCCGACCCAUGACAGCUGUCCGUGCGGCUGGAUACACUAAAGCACCAUUCCGAGGUUCUUCUUUUGAUCCCCUGGGUCAGUCUCGAGGUCCUGCUCCCCCUCUAGAGGCCAAGACUGAGGACACGCCAGAAGAAAAAGUGAGACAAUUAGAGAAGAAGGUUAAUGAAUUGAUAGAAGAAAGUUGUAUCGCCAGCAGUAAUGGAGACUUAAAGCAGGCCCUGGAGAUGGCUAAGGAAGCCGGGAAGAAGGAGAGAGCUUUGGUCAGACAGAAAGAACAGAUUCUAUCUGCGGAAAUCUCGCCUGCCAACCUGGAUCUCACAUACUCUACGCUGCUUAACUUGGCAACCCAGUAUUCAGCCAAUGAGAUGUAUGCAGAAGCGCUCAAUAUUUACCAAGUAAUUGUGAAGAAUAAAAUGUUUAGUCAUGCAGGUCGCCUAAAAGUGAACAUGGCAAACAUUUAUUUGAAGCAGAAAAACUAUUCCAAAGCAAUUAAAUUUUAUCGGAUGGCUCUUGAUCAGAUCCCAGGUGCCCACAAGGAGAUGAGGAUCAAGAUUAUGCAGAAUAUUGGAGUGACUUUUAUCAAGACGGGUCAGUAUGCUGACGCUAUCAACUCCUUCGAGCACAUUAUGAGCGAAUCUCCAAAUCUGAAAGCUGGUUUCAAUUUAAUCCUGUGUUAUUUUGCUGUCGGAGACCGAGACAAAAUGAAAAAGGCCUUUCAGAAGUUAUUAGCAGCACCUAUUGGAAUUGAUGAUGACGACAAGUAUAUUUCACCUAGUGAUGAUCCUCAUACAAACUUGUUGAUGGAAGCUAUUAAAAAUGACAGUCUCCAUCAAAUGGAACGAGAAAGGAAAGGAUUGGCUGAAAAAUAUAUCAUGACGGCAGCAAAACUGAUAGCGCCUGUUAUUGAGACCUCAUUUGAUGUCGGCUAUGACUGGUGUGUGGAGGUUGUGAAGACAUCACUAUAUGUGGAACUGGCUAAUGAUCUGGAGAUCAACAAAGCGAUUACUUUCCUCAAACAGAAGAACUUUACCCAGGCUGUGGAAACAUUAAAAUUGUUUGAGAAAAAAGAUACCAGAGUAAAAAGUGCUGCAGCAACUAACCUCUCAUUCCUUUACUAUCUGGAGAAAGAUUACUCCCAGGCUGACCUGUAUGCAGAUUUAGCAGUGACCUCUGAUCGAUACAAUCCAUCAGCAUUAACAAAUAAAGGCAACACAGUUUUUGCUAAUGGAGACUAUGAGAAAGCAGCCGAAUAUUACUCAGAAGCUCUAAGAAAUGACUCCUCCUGCACUGAGGCGCUUUAUAACCUUGGUUUGACGUACAAGAAACUAAAUCGCCUGGAGGAUGCUCUGAAUUGUUUUCAUAAACUCCACGCAAUCCUAAGGAACAGUGCCCAGGUUAUCAGUCAGAUAGCAAGCUUGUAUGAAAUGCUUGAGGAUCCUAACCAGGCAAUCGAAUGGUUCCUACAGCUUAUAAACAUUGUACCGACCGAUUCACAGGCACUUGCAAAACUUGGAGAACUGUACGAUACUCAGGGUGACAAGUCGGAAGCAUUCCAGUUCUACUGCGAGUCCUAUCGCUAUUUUCCAUCAAACAUUGAAGUGAUCGAAUGGCUGGGAGCCUACUAUAUUGACAAGAAGUUUUGUGAAAAAGCAGUGAAGUACUUUGAGAGAGCGGCACUUAUUCAACCCACCCAAGUGAAAUGGCAAUUGAUGUUGGCAAGCUGUCACAGAAGAAGCGGCAACUAUCAGAAAUCACUGGAUAAAUAUAAGGAAAUUCAUCAGAAGUUCCCGGACAAUGUUGAAUGUUUGCGUUUCCUGGUGCGCCUUUGUACAGAUAUUGGGUUAAAAGAAGUUCAAGAAUAUGCAACAAAGUUGAAGAAGGCAGAAAAAAUGAAGGAAUUAAAGGAACAGCGUGUUAGAUCUGGCAGAGAUGGCAGUGCCCGCAGUCGAAGAGAGGGCAGGGAAGGCAGUGCGAGUAGUGACAGUGGGCAGAGCAGUGGUACCAGCGCUAAAGGAGAACGCCUUAGCGCUAAACUAAAAUCACUCCCAACCGCCAGUGAUCCUUAUGAAAGCAGCGCCAACCAAGAAAUCGAUGUGUCCUAUGUAGACCCCCUCGGUCCACAAAUCGAAAGACCAAAAACGGCAGCCAAGAAGAGAGUGGAAGAAGAGGAGUUUGCAGAUGAAGAGUUGGGGGACGACCUGCUCCCGGAAUAACACUGUAUAACACUAUAUCCCUCUUUCUCUUUGUGUUAUUUACAGUAUGUGUCGUCUGUGCGAUUUUGGACGAAGGCUUUAAAAUGCAUUUAUACAGUUAUAAAAGUUUUUUUUAUACAGUUUACAUAAACUAUAUUUAUGACA